GAUGCCCCAGAAAUCGUCAUAGUCAGUCAGUGCCACACAUUCAGUUUUUUUUCUCGGGUUGUUCAUGGUGCGGAUCUGCGAGAGGAGGAUGAAGUUUUUGGUGGCAGUCACAUUAAUCGUUGGCUCGGUGGUUUUUCUGCUCUUUCCGAGCGGAUCGGAGGCCGAUGAAAAGAAAAAGGGACCGAAAGUCACGGCAAAGGUUUACUUUGACAUGCGGAUCGGAGAUGAGGAUGUAGGACGUAUUGUUAUCGGACUCUUUGGAAAGUCCGUUCCCAAAACGGUGGAAAACUUCGUCCAGCUGGCCACAGGAGAGAAAGGAUUCGGUUAUAAAGGCAGCAAGUUCCACAGAGUGAUCAAAGACUUCAUGAUCCAGGGAGGAGAUUUCACCAGAGGAGAUGGAACCGGAGGCAAGAGCAUCUACGGCGACCGUUUCCCCGAUGAGAACUUCAAGCUGAAGCAUUAUGGUCCAGGAUGGCUCAGCAUGGCCAACGCUGGUAAAGACACCAACGGCUCCCAAUUCUUCAUCACCACUGUCCAGACACCCUGGUUGGACGGCAAACAUGUCGUCUUUGGCAAAAUCUUGGAGGGCAUGGAUGUAGUCAAAAAGAUUGAGGCCAACAAGACAGACGGACGAGAUAAACCUCUCAAAGACGUCACCAUCCACGACUGUGGCAAGAUCGAUGUGGAAAAGCCUUUCGCAAUAGCUAAAGAGUAAAUUAAGUUUGGGGGGUACAAGGGGAUUUCAAUUCAUUUUGGGCCACUAGUGUGCGAGUGGAGUUAAUGUGUGUAUGUGUGCGAGCUCAGUGAAGCUCCGCCCCUUCGUGGGACCAUCACACACCAGUCCUGGUCCGCAGAGCGGCUCAUCCUGGGUCCAGUUCAUACAGGCAUUCCACACGGUCAAAUUUCUGACCAACUUCAACUUACUUUUGUGAACAAGUGUUUAAUAAAGGAUCCAGGUUUUCUUAAAAAUA